UUUAAAAAAUUUACAUGAAAAAACAAUUGAUCUAAAAUACAUAAUUAAUCUUUGUGGAUAUAAUUUAACAAAGCUAGAUGUAGAAGAUUAUCGUUCUUCUGAAAUAAUGCCAUUGAUAAAUAAUAAUUGUCCAAAUGUUGAGACACUUUUUUUGGGUUUCAAAGAAAUUGAAACCCAAGAUUUUAAUAAUGUUUUUUCUAAUAUGUCUCAUCUUAAAUCGCUGAGUAUCAAAUGGCUAUGUGAAUAUUCAACUCUACCAAUAAGUUUAGUCGAGUCAUUGGAACAAGUUAGUGGAACCUUGGAAUCUUUUUAUCUUGAUUGUCAUUCACGAAAAAAUGAUUUAUGCUUACCACAUUCACUGGCUUCAGUUUUUCUUGGAUUUGUCGUUUUAAAAAAUUUUCGUAUAACGAGGUUUGAACUAAAUCAACUAUUACUUGAGUCAAUAAGUCAAAUGCAAAAUUUAGUUGAACUAUUUUUCUUAUGUGAGUGGAAGGAGUAUCAAAUAGUCAGGAAUAAGAUCAAUAUGUAUCCAAUUGGGAAUUUGAAAAACCUCGAGCGGUUAAUAAUUUCUUUUGAUUGUGGUGUUACAGAUGAAUUUUUGAUCAACCUCAGUAACAAUGCUAAAAAAUUAAAUUAUGUAUCUAUAAAUAGUACACACAUAACAGAUGUUGGUAGAAAUGCACUUAAUAAUUUAAAAGAAUUAAAAGCAAAUCUUUGGGAAGAACUUAAAAAAUGAUUAUAAAAGAAAAAAAAAUAAGUUUAUUAUUAAGAACCAAUAAAUAUAAAA